GUAUUUAAAUAAUGGCACCGCCUUCUCGGCACGUCAACACAAGAUGGCGGCCGUGCAACACACUGAAGCAUACCUUGGCUUCGACUUCAGCACUCAGCAGUUGAAGGCUGUCGCCGUCGAUCACAAGCUGAAUGUCAUCCAUCAGAACCAAGUGCACUUUGACUCUCAGCUACCCGAAUUCAGGACGGAGGGGGGCGUCCAUGUGGGUGCAGACGGCCUGACGGUGACAUCGCCCGCUCUAAUGUGGGUCAAGGCUCUGGACCUCCUAUUGGAGCAGAUGAAGGAAGCGGGCUUCGACUUCUCCAGGGUGCGAGCGUUGUCAGGCAGUGGUCAGCAACACGGGAGCGUGUACUGGAAGAAGGGAGCGGCGACGACCCUCCAGCAGCUCCACCACCAGCGCAGCCUCAGCCAUCAGCUCAAAGACUGUUUCUCAGUGCACGACUCCCCCGUGUGGAUGGACUCAAGCAGCGGACUGCAGUGUGAGCGCCUGGAGGAUGCAGCAGGGGGUGCUGCCAAGCUGGCAGACAUCACGGGCUCCAGAGCCUAUGAGCGUUUCACUGGAAGUCAGAUUGCCAAAAUGCGCGACGAACGACCGCGAGAGUUCCAAGAUACCGAGAGGAUCUCAUUGGUCAGCAGCUUUGCGGCGUCGCUCUUCCUCGGCAGGUACGCUGCCAUCGACUACAGUGACGGUUCAGGAAUGAAUCUUCUGGACAUCCGUAGCAAAAAGUGGAACGAGGCCUUGCUGGAGGCCGUGUGUCCCGGUCUGGACGUUCUGCUGGGGAAGCCGAUGCCCUCUGCGUCCGUGCUAGGCACUGUGUCGUCCUACUGGGUGCGCAGGUUUGGCUUCUCGGACACGUGCGCCGUGGUCGCCUUCACUGGUGACAACCCAGCAUCUUUGGCGGGGAUGAGACUCCAGCAGGGAGACCUGGCUGUGAGUCUGGGUACCAGCGACACAGUGUUUGUGUGGCUCCAGCACGCCCGUCCCGCUCUCGAAGGUCACGUGUUCAUCAAUCCUGUCGACUGGCGACAUUUCAUGGGCUUGCUGUGUUUCAAGAACGGAUCUUUGACUCGAGAGCGACUGAGGAACCGCUGCGCUGAUUCAUCAUGGGAACGCUUCUCUGCUGCUUUGAGGCAAACGCCUCUUGGAAACAACGGUUACAUUGGCCUUUAUUUUGACGUCAUGGAGAUCACCCCUCGUGCGGUGGGAGUUCAUCUCUUUGACGCAGAAGACAACAAGGUGUCAUCAGUGAGCGCUGAGGCGGAGGUGCGGGCCCUGGUGGAGGGUCAGUUCCUUUCACGGCGGCUCCACGCUGAGCGUCUGGGUUACUCCAUCAUUCCAGGAAGUCGAAUUUUGGCAACGGGCGGAGCGUCGUGUAACAAAGAGAUUCUGCAGGGCUCUGCACGGUAUGCUAGUACUAGCUUGCUAUGGCUAGCCUUUUAUCCACCUUUUGAUCCUGACAAAAUUGGUAGAACGUCCUCAUUCUUCAUCUGGAAGCAAGGUGUGCUUGACCAAUCAGACGUGUCCUUCUUUGAUGUGACGAAAGAAGCUCCUGAAGCACGACUUGCCACCACGCCACAGCUUCAUGCACACCAGGUGUACAACGAGAUGCUGCAACGUUAUGGCCGCUUGGAGAAGAAAGUCCUGCAGGAGCUCCGCUCCUAAACCGCUCACUCAAAUCUGAUUGGCCAACGUCAGCCUCAACCCAAGUUGGUUUUCAAUGAGGAUGCGCACAUUGUGACAAAUUUGCACAACACAUCCCUUCACGAUGGGUCAUUUGUUGCAAAUUAAUGAAAACAUUCCUGCCAUUGACUUCCUGCCAGCCAGUGUGUGUUUGUGUGUUUGUGUGUGCGCGUGUGUGUGUGCGUGCAUUAUAGCAGCAUGUAAAAGCAUGGAGGCACACUGCUUUGGACAAUGACGUGAUCGUUUUAUUCAGAUUCAGAUUUUUUUAGAAGACAAAACCAGUUUUUUUUUUGUAUUCUGAAUGUUACUUAAGAACUAGGGGUGUAAAUCGCGGGUUUUGUCACGAUACGAUAUCAUAUCGAUACAAAGAAUGAUAUUUGCCGAUAUCUUAAAUCCUGCUGUGAUUCAUUCACGAUACAUCACGAUAUAGUGCCCUACGAUCGAUAUAGAACAAUAUCCUGAUUUAUAACAAUUCAUACGCAAAAUCAACAACAUCUUUUCUUUGGAAUCCAAAGUGCUUCCAAACGAAUGACUCGAAGCCCAAAGGGGAGCGAAUGUCCUCGUCUUCUUGGACACUAGCCAUAGCACCAGCCCAGGAGCCACGUAGUUGUCGGCUCCCCUUUCACGUGCCUGCUCUGCUCACAACACAACACGCCGCACACUGCUCCCGGAAAGAGGAAGCAAGCAACAAUGAACUGGAUUUCAAAAUAAAGUCGCGUCUAAUGUCGGAGGUCAAAAACGGGCGAUAUAGUUCGAUGUUUACGUUUAGCAUCGAUGCCAACAAGUCGUAGAGCAUUAUAUCGAUGUAUCGAUGAAUCAUUACACCCCUAUUAAGAACGCUAAAUUCUAUCACAAAUGUAAAUUCAGUAACAAAGAACUUUAAAUACUAUAUAAUAUACUAUAAUGCGAUUGGACGGCGAAUGGCUCAGGGUGUACCCCACCUACCGCGUGAGGAAAAAGCGAUACGGAAGAUGAAUGAAUAAAUAAAUAAAUAAAUGUCUGACAUUAAA